AUGGAGACCAAACCCACCAACGCACCGCCCGCCGAAGAGACUUCCAACCUCCCUCCCUUCAGCUGUCUCUACUUCGGCUUCGCCUCCAACCUGUCCCCGCGCACCCUCCAACAACGCUGUCCCGGGAGCUUGUACGUCGGCCUCGCGGUGCUGGAGGGCUGGAAAUUCAUCAUCGCCGAGUCCGGCUUCGGGAACAUUGUGCCCACUGGGGAUCGUGACGAUGUCGUCUAUGGGACGCUGCACUUCCUUACGGCACAGCACGAAGCGGCGCUGGACAAGAGCGAGGAAAUCGACUGGUGGCACGUGAAGCGCAAGCUCAGAGUUCGUAGAAUUGAACUCGAUUCCCAAGGGAAGGUGGUCGAGCCAGCAGCAACGGGGGGUGGUGAGCAGCAUGGAGAAGUCGAAGCGACGACGUACGUGGAUGUCGAGCGGACGACCCCGGGCAUCAUGUCGAAGGAGUAUAUCGUGUUCAUCCGCAAGGCCGUCGAAGAUGGGUUGCGUUGCGGAGUUCCCCGGGCAUAUUUCGAUAGAUACUGGAAACAGUACCUCCCUGAAGACGAGACGGUCGGCAGGGAAGAGAAAAUCGUGAUGCUCCGGACGAUUCAGAUGGAUAAGGAGAAUACGAAAUACGUGCCGAAUGACGUGUUGAAGUUGGCCGCAAAGCAAUGA